GCGGCGCUCCGCGCCCUGCUCCUGAUGGCACUCUCCUGGGGGCGGGUCCUGCCGUCGCCGGGCGGCGGGGCGGACCCCGGGUUCACCCGGAAGGACAUCAAAAUCGACGGGGACCUGGUGCUGGGCGGACUCUUCCCCGUCCACGAGAAGGGCCAGGGCGCCGACGAGUGCGGCCGCGUCAACGAGGGCCGCGGCAUCCAGCGGCUGGAGGCCAUGCUGUUCGCCGUGGACCGCAUCAACGCCGACCCGGCCCUGCUCCCCGGCGUGUCCCUGGGGGCCCACGUCCUGGACACCUGCUCCCGGGACACCUACGCGCUGGAGCAGUCGCUGGAGUUUGUCCGGGCCUCGCUCACCAAGGUGGACGACACUGAGUACAUCUGCCCCGACGGGUCCUACGCCCUCCAGGAGAGCAGCCCCCUCGCCAUCGCAGGGGUCAUCGGGGGCUCCUACAGCAGCGUCUCCAUACAGGUGGCCAACCUGCUGCGGCUCUUCCAGAUCCCCCAGAUCAGCUACGCCUCCACCAGCGCCAAGCUGAGCGACAAGUCGCGCUACGACUACUUUGCCCGCACCGUGCCGCCGGACUUCUACCAGGCCAAGGCCAUGGCGGAGAUCCUGCGCUCCUUCAACUGGACGUACGUCUCCACGGUGGCGUCGGAGGGCGACUACGGCGAGACGGGCAUCGAGGCGUUCGAGCAGGAGGCGCGCCUGCGGAACAUCUGCAUCGCCACGGCGGAGAAGGUGGGGCGGUCGGGCGCGCGGGAGGCGUACGACGGCGUGGUGCGGCAGCUGCUGCAGAAGCCCAACGCGCGCGUGGCCGUGCUGUUCCUGCGCAGCGACGACGCCCGGGAGCUGCUGGCCGCCGCCGCGCGGCUCAACGCCUCGCUCGUCUGGGUGGCCAGCGACGGCUGGGGCGCGCAGGAGAGCGUCGUCAAGGGCAACGAGCGGGCCGCCCGCGGGGCCAUCACCCUGGAGCUGGCCGCCCGGCCCGUCGCCGAGUUCAACCGCUACUUCCUCCGCCUGCGUCCCCGCGCCAACCGUCGGAACCCCUGGUUCAGGGACUUCUGGGAGCAGAAGUUUCAGUGCUCCCUGGACGCGGCCGCGCCGGGCGAGGCCUGCGGGCCGGACCUGAAAAUCGACGACUCCGACUUUGAGCCCGAGUCCAAAAUCAUGUUUGUGGUGAACGCGGUGUACGCCAUGGCGCACGCCCUGCACCAGAUGCAGCGCACGCUGUGCGCCAACACCACGCAGCUCUGCCCCGCCAUGAAGCCCCUGGACGGCAGGAAGCUGUACAGGGACUACCUGCUCAACCUCAACUUCAAAGCCCCGUUCUCUCCCCCCGGGGUGGACGGCACGGUGAAGUUCGACGCCCACGGCGACGGCGUGGGCCGCUACAACAUCUUCAACUACCAGGAGCGGGCGGGGCGGCACGCCUACGUGCGGGUGGGCGAGUGGGCGGAGUCGCUGAGCCUGAGCGGCGAGCUGAUUCGCUGGGCCCGGGACGCGGGCGGGCCCCCGGCCUCGCAGUGCAGCGACCCCUGCGCCCGCAACGAGAUGCGCAAGAUGCAGGCGGGCGAGUACUGCUGCUGGAUCUGCACGGCCUGCGAGGAGCACGAGUACCUGGCCGACGAGGUCACCUGCGCCCCCUGCGGCCCCGGCCGCUGGCCCCGGCCGGACCUGACGGGCUGCUUCGACCUCCCGGAGGAGUACAUCGGGUGGCGGGACGCCUGGGCGCUGGGCCCCGUGGUGGUGGCCUGCGCCGGGUUCCUCUGCACCGCCCUGGUGGCCGCGGUGUUCGCCCGGCACAACCACACCCCGCUGGUGAAGGCCUCGGGGCGGGAGCUGUGCUACAUCCUCCUGCUGGGCGUCUCCAUGUGCUACGGCAUGACCUUCUGCUUCAUCGCCCGGCCCAGCCCCGCCGCCUGCGCGGCCCGCCGCGUGGGCCUGGGCGCCGCCUUCGCCGUGUGCUACUCCGCCCUGCUCACCAAGACCAGCCGCAUCGCCCGCGUCUUCGGCGGGGGGCGGCCCCGCUUCGUCAGCCCCGCCUGGCAGGUGGCCAUCUGCCUGGGCCUGGUGUGCGUGCAGCUGGCCCUGGCGGGCGGCUGGCUGCUGCUGGAGCUCCCCGGGACGAGGCGCGUGGCGGCGCCCGAACGGCGCCGCGCCGUGGUGCUCAGGUGCAGCGCGCGGGACUCCGGCAUGCUGCUGUCGCUGGCCUACGACGCGCUGCUGGUGCUGCUGUGCACCGUGUACGCCUUCAAGACCCGCAAGUGCCCCGAGAACUUCAGCGAGGCCAAGUUCAUCGGCUUCACCAUGUACACCACCUGCAUCAUCUGGCUGGCCUUCCUGCCCAUCUUCUACGUCACCUCCAGCGACUACCGGGUGCAGACCACCACCAUGUGCAUAUCGGUCAGCCUGAGUGGCUUCGUGGUCCUGGGGUGCAUGUUCGCCCCGAAGGUGCACAUCAUCCUGUUCCAGCCGCAGAAGAACGUCACCAGCCACCGGCACGCCACCAGCCGCUACAGCGUGAGCGGGCCUCCCACCGCCUACUCCCAGGCUUCCGCGGGGGCCCAGUACGUCCCAGCCAUCUGCAACGGGAGGGAGAUCGUCGACUCCACCACGUCCUCCCUGUGACCUCCGUUUGACCCCUGACCCCUGACCCCCCCCCCAGUUCUUAGACUGUUAGCGAAUUUGCACAUAUUGUGCACCUCCUGUGAACUGCUAGUACCAUGUAUGUAGAAAGUGUGUAUUAAAUUAUUUUUAAAGGCUGUACAUAGUAACUGACAUCGUUGUAGAGAGAGAAAGAGAGAGAAAAAAAACAUUUCUAGGGGUGUUUUUCAGGACUUUUUUUGAUAGUUUUAUUAUGGGUUGUAAAUAACCAUGAAAUCCAUUGUAAAAAAAAAAAGGAAAAAAAAGAAAAAAAAAAGGAUGUAGCAAGCAACCAACUCAUCUGCUACAUUGGAAAUUCUGUACAAAAGAUUUUGGUCUUUUUUUUUGUAGGCUUCAUUGUUACAAUUAAGUAUUGGCAUUUCUAUGUUGUAUACAAUGUACAUUACUUUUAACUGAGGGUUAAAUAGCACAAGUUGAUUUUAUUAAACAAAUUGACAAUAAGAAAGAAAUAAGAAAAAGAAGCUUUGAUAAAAAUCCCAUUAACUAUUAAUCCAUCAUGAUCGUGGAUACAGGCCAGGAGGGUUAAACUCUAGGCUUGGAGGGCCGCAGUGUCCGCUGGGAUUUGUAGUUUACUUUCAAUAAGCAGCUAAUUAAGUCCUUGAGAUGUGUGUGGACUCCUUAGCCAAUGAAGGACUGAUAAACACUGAAAAGCAGCACUGCGUUUCUCCAGGACUGGCGUUUGACCCCCCUGCCAUCGGCAUUUAAAAAGUGAAGAACACAACGGUUUGCCUGCCCACAUUUAAAUGUGACAUUUCGUAAAAAAUUGAAUAUUUAAAAAAUGGCUUUUUGUGCCUUAACUCGUGUCUUGUAGUUUUAUACCGGAGAUGUGUUACACUGUCAGUUUGUGCGCAUGUAGAAUGAAGAGGCAGUACUUUGUAUGGGCUGUUUACAUCUGCAAUGCUGCAUUCUGCGCUCAAAUUGUAAGGUAUCGCUUAUUGUUUUAGAGAUGCAGGCAUGUCGGGUUCAUUGGAAUCAUAUCGCCUUACAGGCGUAAGUGUUAGGGGGAAAUGUGAAUCUCUUCUGUCACUCGUGUCAUGCAUUCAUAAAUGGAAAUCUGUUGAACUGGGUCUUUAGAAGUGUCAGUUCUCAAACGAGAUGGUCGAGACGUGGACGUUAGAAACGAGGCAAAAGAAGGGAUCCCAAAGCCAUUCACAUUUAUUAAAUUAUCAUGACAACAAAUAACAAUUAUAAAUAGUUUUAAACAUCACUUUGUACAACCCAGCUUUAAUGUACUUCACGAUACAAAACAAAAUACAAAAAAAGUGAACAUUGGUACGCGUGUGUCAGGAAACGUCACCCGUGAACUGUCUGUGAAUCGUCUUCCAGUACGUCAGCGUUGUCAGACAGGGACUGAGAAGGGGCCAUUCAGCUACAUUGGGAUGCCUUCGCAAAACAUUUUCCUGCAUAUUUGUCAUGGCAAGAAACCAGCAAACACAAAAUGUCCCCACAAAGUUACUGGAAUGUUUGGUCCUUGUUAUUACAUCGGCAAUACACUGCAGCAACAUUGUGACAAUGUGUGUUAGCUGGGCAUUACCUUACGACGACUCGAUUAAAAAACAACUUUAAACACUGAAAUGUCCAUAGUGAAAAACUGUCCCCCGUAAACUCAGGCCCAACAUCCCUGUCGUGAUAAUGCUGAAAUUUCCUCAUGUUUUUAGGAGUCGACGAAAGUCCGUAACAGAAGAGAGAAAUGUCUGUACUUGAAAUGCGUUUGAACGAUGAAAACACAAAUAAAUGUGUCUUGUUUGAA